CAGAGGAGCUGCACUCGCUUCCGUGUUUGUGUGAUCAGGGAGUGCUCAGCCGGGGAGCUUCACUGUUUCAUUCAUUUGUGAAGAGCUACGUUAAGCAACUCACCAGCAGGGAAAAUGCCGUAUGAACUGAAACAUGUAUUCGCCAGUCUCCCACAGAUGGAGAGGGGAGUCGCAAAAGUGAUUGGUGGCGAUCCCAAAGGCAAUAACUUCCUGUAUACCAACGGGAAGUGUGUCAUCAUCAGGAACAUUGAAAACCCGGCCAUAGCAGACAUUUACACCGAACAUGCCCACACAGUUACUGUUGCUAAGUAUGCUCCCAGCGGAUACUACAUUGCAUCUGGAGAUGCAUCAGGUAGGAUCCGUAUCUGGGACACCACCCAGAAGGAGCACCUGCUCAAGUACGAGUACACCCCGUUAUCAGGCAAGGUCAAAGACAUUGCAUGGACCGAGGACAGCAAGAGGAUCGCUGCUGUUGGGGACGGACGAGAGAAAUUCGGGGCCGUGUUCCUGUGGGACUCCGGCUCCUCAGUUGGGGAACUUUCCGGCCACGCCAAAUUAAUCAACAGCGUCGACAUUAAGCAGACACGCCCUUACCGCCUCGCCUUGGCCAGUGACGACACCUGCGGGUCCUUCUUCGAGGGCCCUCCCUUCAAGUUCAAGUUCACAAUGCGCGAGCACAGCCAGUUUGUCAACUGUGUGCGUUUCUCUCCUGAUGGAAAUCGGUUCGUAACAGCUGGAGCUGAUGGCCAGAUGUUCCUCUAUGAUGGAAAAGAUGGUAAUCUCAUUAGCACACUGGGAGGAGAGAAGGCCCACAAAGGAGGAAUCUAUGCUAUCAGCUGGAGCCCCGACAGCUCCCAGCUGAUCUCCGCCUCAGGGGACAAGACGGUGAAAUUGUGGGAUGUCGGCGCGGGAACGGCCGUCACCACCUUCAACCUGGGCUCUGAUGUGACCGACCAGCAGCUGGGCUGCCUGUGGCAGAACGAGCACCUUCUCACCAUCUCCCUGUCAGGGUACAUCAACUACCUGGACAAGAACAACCCGGACCGGACAAUCCGCACCGUCAAGGGUCACAGCAAAUCCAUCCAAUGUGUGACGGUUCACAAAAAAGACGGGCGACCUCACAUCUACUCUGGGAGUCACGAUGGACACAUCAAUUACUGGGAUGCUGAAACUGGGGAGAACGACUGCUUCUCAGGGAAGGGCCACAGCAACCAGGUGAGCCAGAUGGUGACCAACGAUUCCAGCGAGCUGGUGACGUGCAGCAUGGACGACACGCUGCGCUACACCAACAUCAACAAGACGGAGUGCAGUGCCUCUGAUGUGGUGAAGAUGGAUUUCCAGCCUAAAAGUGUGUCUGUCGCAGCAGGAGGGCUUUCUCUGGCCGUCUGCAUUGGACAGGUUGUCUUGCUGAAGAAUAAGAAGAAAGUCUUCACAAUGGACAAUCUGGACUACGAAGCAGAGGUUGGAGCCCUCCACCCGGGGGGGUCCACUGCAGCCGUGGGGGGAGCAGAUGGGAAGGUCCGUCUGUACUCCGUUCAGGGCAGCACUCUGAAGGACGAGGGGAAAACCAUCGAGCUCACAGGAGCGAUCACCGACAUGGCCUACUCUAACGACGGGGCCUAUCUGGCUCUCAUAGAUGAUAAGAAAGUCACCUCCGUUUUCACCGUGGCUGAUGACUACUCGGUCAAAAAUAACUUUUACGGACACCACGCCAAACCUGUGACUCUGGCCUGGUCACCUGACAACGAGCACUUUGCCACCGGUGGGAUGGACAUGAUGGUGUUUAUCUGGACGGUUUCCGAUCCAGACAAGAGGAUUAAGGUCCCAGACACCCACCGGUUGCACCACGUCAGCGGCCUGGCCUGGGUGGACGAGCACACUCUGGUCACCACCUCCCAUGAUGCCAGCAUCAAGCAGUGGACUAUCAAAUACUGAGCUGCAAGCCUCCACUUCUCCAGGGACAAGGACUACUGUAGAAUUCAAUCGUUCCUUUGACUCUUCUUCUUUUCUUUUUUACUGUAUUUUCACUAUCUCUCUACAGUGUUCUGUAAACAUGAAUUGUAAAUGAUAAUAGAUGGGGAAAGCUCCCAUAGAAAUGAUCCAAGCUACGUCUCUUUGAUGCGAAUAACCUCGACUUACGCAGAGACAGAUUGUUGAAAUACACAAUUGUAACCAUGAGUGCUUUUACAUCUUUGAGCUUUGUGGACCCACAAUAAUAUUUGUAAGCUCAACAUUCCAUAGGUAAUAGCUUUCACUCAGUUUGACCUGAAAUCCUUGUCUGUGGUUGAUCUCAGUGCAUCUAACUAACUGUAUGGAUGAAUUAAAAGCGAGAUUUUCUUUUGUUUUUUUUAAUCUACAAAAGAUUAAAUGAAUCCUUUUUGGUUCCUGUAUUGAGAAGUAUCUGAUGCUAACUGUAGUUUACUGUCACUUUUAAUUUUCAAGGUUUAAAGGGGUUUUCAUGGGUGUUGUUGCUUUGUCAUAGAUUUCAAAACUUGUUAUGUUUCACAACUCUUCCUGUUGGACUGGGGAGUAAUAAUGGGAACUCAAAGAUCAAAGUGUGGAUUGAAUCGAGAUGCUGUCUGUUCAGUUGAAGGUAGUGUGUUGUUGUGUUUUUAUUUGGGCCCACUAUGCUUGUCGCACUUAUUUUUUGUUCCCAUGUCUUUAUGCAUCCACUCCCAAGGUGGAAUUGAUUCAUUAAUAAUAAUAAAAAAUAAACUUUAUAUGCAUUUUCCUUUU